CCUACCUGAGAAGAGCCUGGAUAAAUACCUCGUAUACAUCUACAAUGACUGCGGUUGAAGAUCUCAAUAAUGUCUCCAAGGCGUCUUUUCCGUACUUAGUAUACCUUAGUGGUCUUCUCCCUUUUCUGUCUACAUUCCGCGUGAGAGCCAUUACAUAGAUUUGUUUCGACGUCAUCAUCACGAUCCAAAUAAACGAGAGUACAUCGUUCAUAUAACAGUGUGUAUACCUCAGUGGAGUACAUUCAAAGUGAAAAGGCGGUGGUAUUUCCGCGCGCGAUACACAGACCGUUUGAAAAUCUACAACCAAACCAAUGCAAAAAGCAGAUAUAUAAUAUAAUUACAGUCGAAUUGCUUCAUGAGUAUUUUACAGUGGUUGUAGAUUCAGCAUUACGAACUGUGCGUAAUGAACGCCCCCAACUAAAGAGCUAUUUGCUUGCAGAUGAUCAGCGCACAAACGCGCGAGACAGAACGGUUAGCAACGGUGUGGUUUUCGUUCUGAGUUUUUCAACGUUUUAAUCAAGCUAACUUCGUUUAUUCAAAACACGGAAAAGGUUACUCUCCAUGCUUCGAACCAUCGCUUGUUAUAUCAUCUAAGUGCUAGCUAUCUCUUCGUAAACGGACGUGGGAGAGAAAAACCAGAAGGAAACUCCCCGGAUGGACAUCAUUAGUCGAGAGGGCCUAACGUGUAAACAACGCUUUCAUCGUCUUUAUCCAACGCUAAAAUAAUGUUUGGUGCCUCGAGAUCUGGGGGUGUAAGGGGAGGGCAAGACCAAUUCAACUGGGAUGACGUGAAAGGCGAUAAACACAGGGAAAACUACCUCGGUAAGUGGAGUAAAAUGGGCAUCCAUCCAUGACCUUUGUCUGUCUACUGUAGUAGCUAACGAUUCGCUUCUUUGCGAAUACAUAGCAGGGCGACUAGCCAACUGAUAAUUCGGUCCAACGUUUUUCUAGUAAGUAAUUAGCUAGCUACUUUCUAGAUGAAACUAGAUACAGUAGGUAGCUACUUAGCAAGUUAUAAGAAUCGACAAUGAAGCUAGCUAACGUUACCGUAAGAUCGCAAUACGUUGUUAGCCUGGAAACAUUUCUUCACGAGUGCCACGUUCUUACCUUUUCCCUUAGUGUAGUCAGUCCCUCAUUAACGUUGCAUUGCUUGUCAACAACUCAGAUUUUCUGCCUUGAAUGUACUUUGUACCUUGAAUGUUUUUUUUUUUACCUAGCUAGCUAUGUUGGAAUGGUGAAUUUGAGAUUAAGAUAAAACCAAGUGCACACAAUUGACUAUGCUAACCAAGGAGAGCGGCCACGCACACUCGAUUGCAGCUGGUCAGGGAAUGCAAUUAUGCUACGUAGCUAGUCUGCGUACAGAUAUGGCUUGCUAUAUGAUAUACAUGAAGGAGCCAUUAUAGUUGAAUUGACUAAUUUAAAAUAUUGUACAAUUUGAGAUUUUAUCAACAUUUAUCCAAAUUAAUACACUGGUCACGAACGAUAACUAUCAAUGAUUUUACACUGUGCAGCCAGCAGGAGAGGGGUGUAUUCAACACUGCAACGUUUGCAUCGUUGCAAACUCUUUGAUUUUAGAUAUCAACCUGGAGAAGAAUAGUUAUGGCAAUCACUUCUUUAUGUAACUUUAUUACUUAGCCAUGUCUCUGAUUUGGGCAUGCAUGCAUUUGGAGUAUAUUUACAUCCCUGCUAUUGUUUCAUCCCCAGGGAACUCUCUUAUGGCACCAGUGGGGCGAUGGCAGAAAGGCAAAGAUCUGACUUGGUAUGCCAAAGACAAAAAAGGCGGUGUUAAACCUAUGUCAAGAGAAGAGGAGCUUGCUGCUGUGAAGGCAGCAGAGCAAGAGGCACUCCUGGCUGCCCUGUAAGUGGAACAUCACACAGGAACAACUACCUUACAGAAAUAUUAGUGUAAAAUGUCAAACUAAAAUGUCUUAUUCUUUAUUUUCAGAGGUCACAAGAAUAUAAAGAGACAACCAACUGGCCUGACCAAAGAGGUGCUUUUUUGCCUUCAUAGUGUUUUUGAGACACAUUUAUAUUAUGUGCUUUUUGUUUACACAAGUCUUAGUAUUGUUUGGAUUAUAAUCAUGUCUUAAUUUUAUAGUAUCGCAACUGCAUUAGACCAGGGAAGAUAACAUUUAAUUUAGUUUCAAUAUCAUUUAUUUAGAUUUUUUUAGCAGUUGUUACAAAGUGAUUUACCGUAACUAGCCUAGAUCCCAAAAAGCAAGGAGAAGCCAUUUCUAAAUAUAUUUGAUCAUACAUCUUAAGGAUGAAUACAGGAUUGCUUUUGUAAUGCUGAUUCCAAUGUGCCCAACAGGACCUUGCAGAUGUGUGCAGGAGGGAGGAUACGGAAGCUGAGGACAGAGAUGUGGACCGAGUCUCUGGCCUUGGAAGCUCCGGGUAACUGACUCUGAACUGUUUGCAAAAGUGGUUGUUGCUCAAAUUCUGUUUUAAAGCUGGGUUGAUACUGUAGGAGACUUCUCAUCAAGAAGGGAUGAAAGGUUUUUGAGUUGUUUGUGUAUCCUCAUUUUAAUUUUUUGUCAUUUAGUAGACACUCAUCCAGAGAAACUUACAGGAGCAAUUAGGGUUAAGUGCCUUGCUCAAGGGUACAUCGGCAUAUUUUUCACCUAGUUUGCUUGUGGAUUCGAACCCACAAUCUUUUGAUUACUGGCCCAACUUUCUAACCAUUAGGCUACCUGCCGCCCUCUGGAAACCUCAGUUUAGAGAUUUUUUCCCAUGCCUUCUAAGCAUUCUCUCAGGUCUCUCUUCACUCUUGUUUAGACUUUUGUAGCAGCGUAGAUGAGUCCAUGGCAGAGUAUCCCCUUGAAAUUCAAGUGGAAAAAACAGUGCUUCCCAUAAUGGAUCGGAGUGUAGUAGUUGAGUAACUAUGAGUAUGUUUUCUGUUACCAGUGCAACGUCACGGAAAAUGGUGUUCUCCCAACAGGAGAAGGAAGCUGCCAAAAUCGGCUUGUCAGUCUUUACAGUAAGUUUAUUUUCAUGCUCUCUGGGUGUUAAUCCAUUUGUAUUAGCUACAUAUUUUUAAAACAUGAUUGAUACCACUUGGGAAUUGAUUCUGUAAUAGUCAUGUUAGAUGUUACAUGAUUAUGGUCAUAAUGGAGAGCAUUGUUUUCACAGCACCAUAAAACAGAAGGGAAGUCUGGAAACCAGGAAGCCUCUGCCAGAAAAACAUCUGAGAACACAGAGAAACAGGAUGUGGAUCAAAGGUAAUGUGUUAUUCAUCACAUAUUGUGUUGACAAACGAUUCUCUGAGGUAAAUUUCUUCCGAUUACUGGCAAAAAUAUAUAUAUAUAUAUACUCAAAAGACUUGUCCGUUAUACUUUCUCGUCAUAGACAUGAGAGCAGCAAAAAGAAGAAGGAAAAGAAGAGCAAAAAAGAGAAGAAAAAGAAGAAGAAAAGGCAGAGAAGAGACUCUUCCUCCUCCUCCGAUUCGGACGAUGACAAAAGGUUAACGUGUUGUUUGUCCCCGUUAGAUCUGCAGGUCACUUGUAUGUCAUGUUAUCUUUGCCUUUCCUUUUUUAAACUGAUAAAAUCACAAGAAAACCGAACACCAAUGUCCCAAUAACGUUACAAGGCUUAUUGGCUUUAGCACUAGAGGGUGCUAAAUCACUGUUGAAGAGCUGGUUUUUGGUUCCAUCUCAAAAGCUGAGUUUUUGCCAAACUGCUAAUGUUCCGUCAACCAUUAGACUUUGUAUGCUUGGUCGAAAUAUUGAACAGGUUGUACCCUUACUAGGGAUGUGUCAGUUAAUGUGUCCAGCUGCCUUAUUCUGUGGUAAUACAGGACUGAUUAAAAAAGGAGGCUUGGGAUGUUUAGCAACAGGAAGAGAGUCUUAUAAAUGUAAAACAAGGUGUAGGGUUGAUUUUGAACUGAGUGAAUGCAUCAUCCAGGCCAUGUCAUGCUUAUCUUGUUUGGGGGCGGGCCUUAUUUAUUAUUCUCCUAUGGAACCCAGAUAGUUAUCAUCCUUUAUAGAUGAGGCAAUGGUUUGUAUCAUAACAUUCAGUGUAUCCCUGAUUUAUCUUCCUCAGCCAGCUGUCACAUCAGCUUACUUCGACCCCCGCCUAUUAGUCCCAAUCAUUGAUUGUUUGUGUGUGUGUUUCUUUACUCCUCAGGCGCAGAAAGGACCACCAUCAUCAUAAUCCAUCAUGCCUCAGUCAGACUGGAGCCAGACACCAUGACAGCCAUUCAAGGGGGGGACCAAAGGGUGAGCGCCACCCCCCAUCCUCCCAACGACGCCAGCAGAGGCAUGACACACACUCCUCCGACAGGGGGUCCCCUGUCCCCCGUCACCGUGCCAGCUACAAGGCAGCCCAUGCUGCUCCGACACAAAGCCACAGGCGGCGCCAUGACACAGACUCUGACGACUAAUGUCCCCCCCCCCACUCAAUCAGAGACACGCCGAGGGAGAGGAGCGCUCUAGUCCACAGCAGAGCAGCUUGACUGGUCUAUGGACUGUCCUCAUGUACCUCUGGACUGGACUCAAGGGCUGUGGUUGAGAACAGUAGGUCAAUCUGUAGGCUACUCCUUAAACCACCAGCAGGCUUGUGGCCUUGUUUGAACUGACCAGUUUUUUAUUUGUGUUGAAUUUUGAAUUGUUAAAUUUGUUUCUAUUGGUAUUUUAUUUUUCUGAACCAGCACAAAUGUAUUUUAUGAUCUAAGUCUAGCUACCAAAAUUGAAGGACACUUCAUGCAAUUGAAUCAGGGACUACCGAAAGCAAGUUAAGUGCAUGUGUUCUUGGUGCUGAAAAUAAGUUAGUCAAUACAAACUAUUGGUGUCCAAGACAUUAAUUCCGGUGUCACACUUGCCCAUACCACCAGUAAAAAAAUAAAAAAUAAAUGUGCGCCAACACCUAAAUGUUAUUGAGUCUUCUCCUCUUUGGUUUGUCAGUCUCGAGUGGUGCAGUGGUCUAAGGCA